CAAAAUCGAUCCACUCUGCAAGCAAAAAAUAAACUCUUCCAAAGUCAAAACCUUUAUAAAGCGGCGGCGAGGGCAACCGCAAUAUUAAUAUUCCGACAGAGAAGAAGAAAGACACAGCAAACGAAUUGUCUCUCCAAACAAAAAAAAAAAAGAUGGCGAAAGACAGCUGUUUGGCCAGAAUCACUGCCGGAGUUGCCGUUGGCGGCGCAGUUGGUGGCGCUGUAGGUGCUGUCUAUGGAACUUACGAAGCGAUUAGAUUCAAGGUUCCUGGGCUUAUGAAGAUAAGAUACAUUGGGCAAACUACCAUUGGCAGUGCAGCAAUUUUCGGGCUUUUUCUAGGUGCCGGCAGUUUGAUACAUUGUGGAAAAGGUUACUGAUUCCCC